AUGAACACUGUGCCCGAAAUGGAUGAAUUGAAGCCAUCUCAAGACUCACAAACCGCAUCCGAUUUCAUUGAUCAACAACUAGCCCUUGAGGCUGAUGCGCGAGAGGUGCUUCCAUACAAAUUCGACAAGUGCACCAACAUUCUCGGGCCGCUGCGCCAGAACGUCUUUGCUUGCCUGACAUGCAGCCCUCCACCCGCUUCUGCGGCGCAAGUCUACACCCCCGCGGGAGUCUGCUACGCUUGCUCCAUAUCUUGCCAUGGUGAACACACCCUCGUUGAGUUGUUCUCACGCCGCAAUUUCGUCUGCGACUGUGGCACUAGCCGAUUGCCAUCGACCUCGCCUUGCACUUUACGAUCCGAUCCCGUGACGGGAAGUCGAGGGGUACAUUCGCAGGAUCCGCGCAAGGGAAAUCAUUACAACCACAACUUUCAAAACCGCUUUUGCGCGUGCGGCGAGGAGUACGAUGCGGAGACAGAGAAGGGAACCAUGUUCCAAUGUCUGGGUUUGGGAUCGGUUGAAAGCGGUGGUUGUGGAGAAGACUGGUACCACCCAGAGUGCCUGAUGGGCUUGCCCAGAGACUGGUACAAGUCGGUCAGCCCGAACCAAAAAGCAGAAGAUGGGAUACAGAAAGGGCAGGAGGCUGAGGAUAAAGAGGCAGAAGAACCCAGCCAUCCAGUUCCGCCAGGCUUCCCGAAUGAAGAUGACUUUGAGACCAUGAUAUGCUACAAAUGUGUGGAGUCCAAUCCCUGGAUCAAGAAGUACGCUGGCACACCAGGAUUCCUGCCCGCUGUAUUCAAAAAGGACCUCCAGAGGCCCACAGUGGACGACCCUUCUGACUCGAGCACGCAAUUGGAGGGCGCAUCGACAUCGACCGCACCUGUCUCCCUCAAACGCAAAGCCUCCGACGCCGAUAUCGAAGCCCGACCACCUAGCCCCUCAAAACGCGUUAAAAACGACGAUAAAUUCACCGAGAUUCCCCCCACAGAACCUACAGACGCUGAAACCGAAUCGAAGCCCAAACGCAAGCACGAACUCCUUCCCGCUUCGGCCCCAACGGGAAUUUUCUCGCUCUUCCUGCGCGCAGACUUCCGCGACCACUUCUGCCACUGCCCGCUGUGCUACCCGCAUCUGGGCCCGCACCCGCAACUCCUGGAAGAGGAAGACACGUACGAACCGUCGCUGUCGUCCGAAGGGGCAUCGUCGCACGAGAACGGUGGUGGCGGGGGAGGUGGUCACUCGCGAUCCUCGCGCGCCUCGCUGCUGGAGAGAGGCGAAGCUGCCCUGUCUAAUAUGGACCGCGUCCGCGCGAUCGAAGGCGUCAUGGUCUACAACCACCUGCGCGACAAGGUCAAGGAGUUCCUCAAGCCGUACGCGGAGAGCGGCCAGGCCGUCAGCGCUGAGGACAUCAAGGCCUACUUUGAGAAACUCAGAGGCGACGAGGCGGCCAUCAAGGAGGCCAAGGAAAGGGAUGGCAGGGCCAAUGGCCACGGUCACGGCGGCGGAAGUGGCGGUGGGGGAGACGCCGAGGGUGGAGGUGAGGGUGACAGGACCACAAGGAGGGAACAGUCUGGGUAUUGA